UCUUUCCCUCUUCGCUCCGUUUCUCCUCCUAUUUCGACGGACGACCACACGGCACAAGAGCGACACGCCUCCUCGCCUCCUCCUCUUCCAUUUCUCUACAUCUCGAGAUCUGGAAGUCUUCUUCCUCCUCUUUUCUGAUCGAGCCUCGAGGGGUCUCGAGGGAGGGAAGGGGGAUCUGCGGUGGCGGCGAGUUAAGAGGGGAUUGUUGACUCCUUGAUCUUUGGUUGCUGCGAUGGCUGCUCCACCUGCUAGGGCACGGGCCGACUACGAUUACUUGAUCAAGCUUCUGCUGAUCGGAGACAGUGGUGUCGGGAAGAGUUGUCUUCUCUUGCGGUUCUCUGAUGGUUCCUUCACAACAAGUUUCAUUACUACAAUUGGUAUCGAUUUUAAAAUAAGAACUAUAGAAUUGGAUGGCAAGCGAAUUAAACUUCAAAUUUGGGAUACAGCUGGUCAAGAGCGCUUUCGAACUAUAACAACUGCUUAUUACCGAGGUGCCAUGGGUAUCUUGCUUGUUUAUGAUGUCACUGAUGAGUCAUCUUUUAACAACAUAAGGAAUUGGAUCCGAAAUAUUGAACAACAUGCUUCUGACAAUGUGAACAAGAUUCUUGUUGGCAACAAGGCUGAUAUGGAUGAAAGCAAACGAGCUGUACCGACUGCCAAGGGACAAGCACUUGCUGAUGAAUACGGGAUACAAUUUUUUGAAACUAGUGCCAAGACAAAUCUGAAUGUAGAACAGGUUUUCUUUUCAAUAGCGAGAGACAUUAAGCAAAGACUUUCUGAAACUGAUAGCAAAGCUGAGGAUCGGACCAUUAAGAUCAACAAACCAGACCAGGGAGCUGCCGAGGGCUCUGCGGCAACGAGAUCUGCAUGCUGCGGGUCUUGAGAGAAGCAAUUGUUCCAGUGCUCAUGAAUUUGAAUGUAGUAGAUAAACUAAUUUGCAUGUCACAGGACAGUGAUGCUUAUCAUCAAUAUAAUGGACACAUGGUGGGUACUUGUAAUUUCAAUCCUUGUUUCUUGUUUUGCUACAUUGGGCAAUUGACUGGUGAACUUAUCUGACAAUUCUUUUUCCCCCUUUGGGAUCGCAAACCUGCAAUUCCUGUUCUAAUAGAUUUGUGAAACGGUAUCAA